CCGGUGAGCGCCAUCAUCCAUCCACAUCCACUCUUCGAUUCUCCGCUUCUCGCCAGCCUCACCCCGCCAUGGCCUCCACCGUGGCAUUCCCCCCCGCCAUCGCCGUCGGCGCCAAUGUGCAGCACUCUCGGAGGACCUCUUCGCUGCGGCCCGUCCCGAGAGCCAGGCCCGUGGCCGCGAGGGCCAGCGCCGAGCGGGACGGCGCCGCGGCGGCCGUCCAGGCGCGGUCGGGGAGGACCAUCGAGGAGUGCGAGGCGGACGCCGUCGCCGGGAAGUUCCCCGCUGCGCCGCCGCCGACCAGGCCGCAGGCGCCCAGCGGCACCCCGGAGAUCAGGCCCCUCGACAUGGCGAAGCGCCCUCGCCGGAACCGGAGGUCGCCGGCGCUCCGGGCAGCGUUCCAGGAGACCAGCAUUACCCCCGCGAACCUCGUCCUCCCUCUGUUCAUCCACGAAGGUGAAGAAGACACUCCCAUUGGAGCUAUGCCUGGGUGCUUCAGGCUUGGAUGGAGGCACGGGCUUCUGGAAGAGGUGUACAAGUCACGCGAUGUUGGUGUUAACAGCUUUGUGCUAUUCCCAAAGGUUCCUGAUGGAUUAAAGACGCAAACUGGAGAUGAGGCAUAUAAUGAUAAUGGUUUAGUGCCGCGAACAAUCCGUCUGCUCAAGGAUAAGUAUCCUGACAUUGUUAUCUACACUGAUGUUGCUUUGGAUCCGUAUUCUUCUGAUGGUCAUGAUGGCAUUGUGAGGGAAGAUGGAGUCAUCAUGAACGAUGAAACAGUCCAUCAGCUGUGCAAGCAGGCAGUUUCCCAGGCUCGAGCUGGUGCUGAUGUUAUCAGUCCUAGUGACAUGAUGGAUGGUCGUGUUGGAGCAAUUCGGGCUGCUUUAGAUGCGGAGGGUUUCCAUGAUGUCUCCAUCAUGUCCUACACUGCCAAGUAUGCUAGUUCAUUUUAUGGUCCAUUCCGUGAAGCUUUGGAUUCAAAUCCACGAUUUGGAGACAAGAAGACUUAUCAGAUGAACCCGGCCAAUUACAGAGAAGCCCUUAUAGAAACCGCAGCAGACGAAGCAGAAGGAGCAGAUAUUCUUCUGGUAAUUCUGCUACUGUGUGAAACCUGGAUUACCAUACCUGGAUAUUAUCCGACUUCUACGGGAUAAUUCAGCCUUGCCGAUUGCUGCAUACCAGGUGUCGGGCGAGUACUCGAUGAUCAAGGCCGGCGGCGUGCUGAAGAUGGUGGACGAGGAGAAGGUGAUGAUGGAGUCGCUGCUGUGCCUCCGGCGCGCUGGCGCCGACAUCAUCCUCACCUACUUCGCCCGCCAGGCCGCCAACGUCCUCUGCGGCACCAAGCGGAUGUAGCUGAUCACGGAAGUCGAUUUCUUGUAGUAGUUGUACCAUGGCCAUGGCGUUUCACUGCAUUGCAGAGCGUAGAGGCUUCUCCGGUACGUGGUGCGGCACGGCCAUGCUCUCCGGUAGAUAGAGGUUUGUCAUUACUGGCUUCGGUUUGGUGUUAAUGGUGUAAUUAACGAGGCUUUGUCCUGAGUACGUUAUUUUUUGACCA